AUGCGAUCCAAGGAAUAUUGUGCCUCUCAAGGUUCUUCCCGGUUAUCAUCGCUAUCAAUGAGUCUAGACUUAUCGAACUGUACGCUAUGGAACGGCACUUCUGCGAUGAAAAAAACCAGAACGAAUGAAAUCGUUAGGAAAAUUUUGUUUCUAUACCUCAAGUUCCUUGCUACAGUGUACUUCAAGGUUGACUCUAUGCCGAAGCAUGAUUUCCAUAGUCUGGAAAGCAACACCGUGAACUUCACUAUCCAUCGCGCCAACCGUAGGUCCCGGUUCUCCACGGUCCGCGCAUGA